CCGCUACCACCGCGUGCACUAGACGGUCGUUCUCGACAGUUAGUUGCCGCACUCUGCCGCAGAGUACAUACGGUUCGUCUUGUUCGCGUAUUGUCGAAUCAUUUAAAUCGUGUUGUACUUUUUGUUUUCUUCUUAACCUUUUGUGGUUUUACAAUUUCUUUGUGUUUCUUUUAAACAUAGUUUUCUGUGUACUGUUACGAACACAAAGGAUAUUAAAAGAAACUCCUAAGAUCAACAACCAAACUACACAGUGUAAAGAUAUUUUGUAGUUCUAACUUAUAUAAUGAGUUUAAACAUUGAAUUACUUUGACUGGAAAACACUGGAGCAUAAUUAAAGUAAAGCAAUCAGCACUCAAUCACUUCCUGUCAUAAAGGAGAAUUUAAAUUUAUAAGCAGUUGAACGACUAUAGUGAAGGAACAGUUUUGGAAUUACAGUGGUUUGAGAUGAUAUAUUGUUGAAAUGUUUUGCAUGCACAUAUAAACACAUUAUAUAUUGCUAUUGGAAAUACUCAGUGUCUCCAAAUACGGGUGUUUAAUACAGUUUCUCAAAUAAGUUGACCGAUUUUGUACCAAAAUGGUUUUAUGGAAAUUUUUCAUGUUGGUCUCCGUGUGGGAAAUUCAAUCAAUUACAAUCGAGGAAUUACCACCAGAUCACGUGCGAGAAUUGUCUUGCGGACGAAUGUACUACAGGACUUUUCACUUGGACGAAAAUCGUGACACAUUAUACGUCGGGGCAAUGGAUCACGUAUACAGACUGAAUCUGAGUAACAUCAGUCACUCAAAUUGCAAGGAUUCGAUCAAUCUAGAACCUUCAAACGUGAUAGGCUGUACAGCUAAAGGCAAAUCUGAGAAUUUUGAUUGCCGCAAUCACAUUCGAGUUAUUCAGUCAAUUGGCGAUGGAAGCCGAAUAUACGUGUGUGGCACAAACGCACACAACCCCAAGGACUAUGUGAUAUACUCGAACCUGACGCAUCUGGGAAGGCAUGAGUACGUGCCUGGCGUCGGUCUUGGUACGGCCAAAUGCCCAUACGAUCCACUUGAUAACUCCACGGCCAUAUGGGUAGAAAAAGGCAAUCCUGGCAAUCUACCGGGACUCUACAGUGGCACCAACGCAGAAUUUACCAAAGCUGACACUGUCAUAUUUCGUACAGAUUUGUUCAAUUUGACAACAGGACGCAAAGAAUUCGCCUUUAAAAGAACACUAAAAUACGACUCAAACUGGUUAGACAAACCAGAUUUUGUCGGAUCUUAUGAGAUUGGUCAAUAUGUAUUCUUCUUCUUCCGUGAAACCGCUGUUGAGUAUAUAAACUGCGGUAAAAGCAUAUUUUCUCGAGUUGCUAGAGUAUGUAAAAAAGACACAGGUGGCAAAAAUAUACUUAACCACAAUUGGGCUACAUAUCUCAAAGCCAGACUUAAUUGUUCUAUUCCAGGAGAAUAUCCCUUUUAUUUUAACGAAAUUCAAAGCAUUUAUAAGGUACCUGGUGAUGAUUCUCUAUUUUAUGGAGUAUUUACUACAUCUACCACGGGUCUUAUGGGUUCGGCCAUAUGUACAUUCCGUCUUGAAGAUGUUGAUCAUGCUUUUGCUGGACGUUUUAAAGAACAAGCAAGCUCAACUUCAGCUUGGCUUCCGGUAUUGACGACUAAAGUACCUGAACCAAGACCUGGACAAUGUGUUAAUGAUACUGAAACUUUGCCAGAUUCUGUUUUAAAUUUCAUUCGAGGGCAUCCUCUAAUGGAUGAGGCAGUUGCACAUAAAGACAAUCAACCUGUAUUUUAUAUGCGUGAUCUGUUCUUCACACGGCUUGUCGUGGACGUCUUAGACUACGUUGUGUUUGGCAAUCACUUACAUUACACUAUAUACUAUGCUGCAACUAACGAAGGUCGUGUGUAUAAAGUUGUACAGUGGUACAAUGAUGAAGGAGUACCAGGAUCUGCUCUACUUGACAUAUUUGAUGUAAUGCCAGGUCUUCCUAUUACAGCCAUGGAAAUUUCCAAAAAGCAUAAAGCUUUGUAUGUGGCAUCUGAUGAAAGCGUUAGACAGAUCUAUCUAUCUAUGUGCACGCACCGAUAUGACAGCUGCCUCCGUUGCGUUCACGAUCCAUAUUGCGGUUGGGAUAAACAAACUAAAACUUGUAAACCUUAUCAACCAGGUCUUCUACAAGAUGUGACCAACUCAUCAAGGAGCGUUUGCGAGAGCUCAGUAGUCAACAAAAGACUUACAGUGACGUUUGGACAAAGUGUCCAUCUUAGUUGUUUUGUUAAAAUGCCCCAAGUACUUAAAGCGUAUCCAGUUACUUGGUACCAUCACAGUAAGGAAAAAGGCCGUUACAUGGUGUCCUUCAGCCGAGUUGAAAAAUAUAUUGCAACAGUCGAAGGUGGUAUGGUAAUUGUGGGUGCAUCUGAAGAAGAUGGUGGUCGAUACGACUGUCAAUUAGCCGGUGCAUUGCUAUGCACCUUUAACUUAACAGUAGACGCUCAUCGAUGCUCUCCACCAGCUCGGUCUUUGGACUAUCAUAGGGUAUACUCAGACUGGUGCCACGAAUUUCAAAAAUAUAAAAGUGCAAUGAAAUCGUGGGAGAAAAAACAAGCACAAUGCAGUAGUUCGAGGCAAAACGAAACUGCCAUGGCUCAGGGUCUCCUAACUAACGAAUUAAAUGUCAGUCCAGUACUGUAAGGAUUCUUCAUAACUGAACAAUCAGUUCUCCCGUCAUCAGUCCACGUCGUCUAGUAGUUUUAUAAAAGUAUCGAUUUUUAACGUAUCUAUAAAUUUAAAUAUAACGAUAAUUAGAAUAACGUUCAGACUGCCUAAGCUUCAAAAAUCGAUAGACGACAUUUAUACAAUAUUUAAAUGAUAUAAACAUAUUUUAUCUACUAUCUUCUGUGAUAAUAUAGCUGUUAAUUUUAUUAUUAUUAUUAUUAUUAUUAUUGCAAUUUUUAAUUUUAACAAAUGUAAUAAUAAUACGUUAUAACAUAGUAAUUCUCCAGUCGAUUAGACUGUGAUGGAGAUUGAUUUCUUCCCGUUUUAUUAUUGUAUAAUAUGUUUUAUUUGUAAGUGUGGCUAUUAUUAUUAUCAACUGUAAUGGUGCUUCGUAUUAUAGCAAUACACCGUCGUAAAUAUUUUUGACACAAUUUUAGAGCGUAGACCUUAUUAAAUAAUAGACUUUUUAUUAUUAUAAAUUAUUAAUUGUAUUUAAAUUUACUAUUAUUAUUUGAUUAUUAUUAUCUGUUGGUAUAGACAAUAAUAAUACAAUUUAUUUCCUGUCUUAGCGUAAUACAAUCAACAACUAAUUGUAAUUUCUAUAAAAUUAUAGUUACUAAAUAAUCAGAACCUAAAUACAACUAUAUUUUACAUUUAACUAAUUUUGUUUUUAUUUUUCUCUAAAUACUUUACUUAUACAUAAUAAAUAUGUGAUUUAUUUCUGUCAUAAUGUUAUUUUACAAAAAAUGGUAAAAAAUCUAAAUUAAAAAAAAAAGGAAAUUCAUGUCAUUUUUAAAUUUUUUAUUUUAAUCAUUCAUCAUUGAUCAAACUAACAUUAAUUUAUAAUUUAAAAAUUUUUUCUUGUACUUAAAUAUAAUAAUUAGUUUUUCGUAUAAUAAACAUUUCU